AUGAAGUCUACACUAUUGUAUCUAUUAUAUACUACCCUAUUAGUAUCUUCACUUGCAUUUGCUGCUACUGAAUUUACAGAGGAAGAAGAUGUCAUUGUUCUUACAAAAGAUAACUUUGAUGGUGUUAUUGGUGAAAAUGAAUUUGUCUUAGUUGAAUUUUACGCUCCAUGGUGUGGACAUUGUAAAGCUCUUGCUCCAAACUAUGCUAAAGCUGCUCAACAAUUGAAGAAGGAGGGAGCUGCUGUUAGACUCGCUAAACUCGAUGCUACAAUUCAUUCUGAUGUCGCUACUAAAUUUGAAGUUCGUGGUUACCCAACUAUCAAAUUCUUCAAAAACGGAAAACCAACCGAAUACACUGGAGGUAGAGAUGCUGCAUCAAUUGUUUCAUGGCUCAAGAAGAAGACUGGACCAGCUGCUAAGAGUUUGUUUAGUGCUGAUGAUGUUAAGGACUUCCAAGAAUCUGCUGAUGUUGUCGUCGUUGGAUACUUUGAAAAGGAAGACUCUGAACAAGCUAAAGCCUUCCUUGAAGUUGCCGGAAGUAUGGACGAUAUUCCAUUCGGUAUCACCACAAAAGAAGUUGCCGCUAAAGCCAUUGAACUUAAAGAAGAAGGUGUUGUUCUCCUUAAGAAAUUCGAUGAAGGACGUAAUGAAUUUGAAGGAAAAAUUGAGGAAAGCAAACUUAAAACAUUCAUCCAAGCUAACAGACUUGCCCUUGUCAAUGAAUUCUCACAAGAAACUGCUUCCGUUAUCUUUGGAGGAGAAAUUAAAUCUCACAAUUUACUUUUCAUUUCUAAAGAAUCUGAAGACUUUGACAAGAUCUAUGGACAAUUCCAAACUGCUGCCAAAGAAUUCAAAGGAAAACUUCUCUUUGUUUACAUUAAUACUGAUGUUGAAGAUAACGCUCGUAUCAUGGAAUUCUUUGGACUUAAGAGUGAAGAAUUACCAGCUAUCAGACUUAUUUCUCUUGAAGAAGAUAUGACCAAAUUCAAACCAGACUUCACUGAAAUUACUGCUGAAAACAUCAAGAAAUUCACUCAAAGUUACGUUGAUGGAAAACUUAAACCACAUCUUAUGUCUGAAGAAGUUCCAGAAGAUUGGGAUGCUAAACCAGUUAAAGUUUUAGUCGGAAAGAACUUUGCUGAAGUUGCUAAAGAUCAAAAGAAGAAUGUUCUUGUUAAAUUCUAUGCUCCAUGGUGUGGACACUGUAAACAACUUGCUCCAAUCUGGGACAAACUUGGAGAAGCAUUCAAAGAUAAUGAAAAUGUUGUUAUUGCCAAGAUGGAUUCUACUCUUAAUGAAGUUGAGGAUGUUAAGAUCAACUCUUUCCCAACAAUCAAAUUCUUCCCAGCUGGAUCUGAUAAAGUUAUUGAUUACACUGGUGAUCGUACUCUUGAAGCUUUCACUUCCUUCAUUGAGAGUGGUGGUAAGAAGAGUGGUGAAGAAACUGGAGCUGCUGAGGAAGAAUCAACCGAAGAGGAACCAGCACAUAGUGAACUUUAA